UGUUUUUCUUUCAGAUACUGAUGAAUACAGACCACCUGUUUGGAAAUCUUACUUGUAUCAGUUGCAACAGGAAGCUCCCCAUCCUAGAAGGAUAACUUGCACUCGUGAGGUGGAGAACAGACCCAAAUAUUAUGGAAGAGAAUUCCAUGGGAUGAUCUCAAGGGAGGAAGCUGACCAAUUAUUAAGUGUUGCAGAGGGAAGCUAUCUCAUUCGUGAAAGCCAACGGCAACCUGGAACCUACACUUUGGCAUUAAGAUUUGGAAGUCAAACGAGAAACUUCAGACUCUACUACGAUGGAAAGCACUUUGUUGGGGAGAAACGUUUUGAGUCCAUCCAUGACCUGGUGACAGAUGGAUUGAUUACUCUUUAUAUUGAAACGAAGGCAGCUGAAUACAUUGCCAAGAUGACAAUAAAUCCAAUUUAUGAACACAUAGGAUAUACAACUUUAAACAGAGAGCCAGCACACAAAAAACAUAUGCCAACCCUGAGAGAUGAACAUGAUGGCAAAGAGUCUACAGGAGAGGAUGAGGUAGCAGAAAAGAGGUUGACAUCGCUCGUCAGGAGAGCGACUCUGAAAGAAAAUGAGCACGUUCCAAAAUACGAGAAGAUUCAUAACUUCAAGGUGCACACGUUCAGGGGCCCGCACUGGUGUGAAUACUGCGCCAACUUUAUGUGGGGCCUCAUCGCUCAGGGAGUAAAAUGUGCAGAUUGUGGUUUAAAUGUGCACAAGCAGUGUUCCAAGAUGGUCCCAAAUGACUGCAAGCCAGACCUGAAGCAUGUCAAAAAAGUGUACAGCUGUGACCUUACGACGCUAGUAAAAGCACACUUCACUAAGAGACCAAUGGUAGUAGACAUGUGCAUUAGGGAAAUUGAAUCUAGAGGUCUUAAUUCCGAAGGACUAUACAGAGUCUCAGGAUUUAGUGAUCUUAUUGAAGAUGUCAAAAUGGCAUUUGACAGAGAUGGGGAAAAAGCUGAUAUUUCUGUGAAUAUGUAUGAAGAUAUCAAUAUUAUCACUGGUGCACUUAAACUGUACUUCAGGGAUUUGCCAAUUCCACUCAUCACGUAUGAUGCCUACCCAAAGUUUAUAGAGUCUGCAAAAACCACCGAUCCGGAUGAACAGCUGCAAAUUCUCCAUGAGGCGCUGAAACUGCUGCCACCUGCACACUGUGAAACAUUACGGUAUCUCAUGGCACAUCUGAAGAGAGUAACGCUCCAUGAAAAGGAAAAUCUGAUGAGUGCAGAGAAUCUGGGCAUAGUUUUUGGACCAACUCUUAUGAGAGCGCCAGAACUGGAUGCGAUGGCUGCAUUGAAUGACAUCCGUUAUCAGAGACUUGUGGUGGAGAUGCUUAUAAAAAAUGAAGACAUUUUAUUUUGAAUAUUUUGGGGGUUUUGUAAUAAAAAAGGAAACUCAUUCCAUGAAGAAAACAACUGAACCGGUGCAGCAUCUUUGUUCUGGAUAGUUUGUGAUUGUAAUUCAGCAUGUUUCUCCGUGUAAACCUGUUGUGAAUUUGCUUUUAUGUUCUAUGUAAUUGGUUUCUGAUACUAAAAAGAAAGCCGACUUACGUGAAAUGGAGCCUCUGGCAGUUUAUUGACAUUUCAUAUCAUUCUCUGCCGCUUUGGGGGCUGAUUUCUUCUUGGGUUUCUUUCAGUUUUAUCCUCAUAUAGUAAUUUGUUUUUAACAGAAACAAAAUGUGUACUUUAAAUGUUACUUUAAGUAAUUCUCCAUGAUGUUUAUGGUGGUUGCAGUGAAAUCUGCAAUGCUGAGCAGUGUUCCUUUAUUAUUAUUGCUAUUUCAAUUGUAAUUUUGUAUUUUUAUCUGGCAUGCAUAUAUUAAUUUAUUAAAUUUUGCUUUUAGAACUCUAA